UGACCAAGUUGACCAUAGACUACAUAGAUUCGCCAUCACUUUCCUCAGCUUUCAAAGACGAUAGCAAGCUGUAUCAACCCCUCUCCCAUAGGGAGCGCAAAAAAGACCAGCAAGAACCAACUUUGAGAAGAUGCAGGCGUUGAGCUGGCAGUAGUAAUAGAAGAAAUGGAGGGGAGAAUGUUGCAGGGAAAAAGGCUCACCAGCAUUAAGAGGAUAUGACGAAGUUAUGAAAGCGGGUCGGACGUUGAAGUGCAGAUUGCAGGCAAUUUUCGGCGUUGCUGUUUGCAAUGCUGUGAUUUACAAUGAAGAGAAUUAAGGCGAUCAUUGCAGUGGUUAUUAUCCUGGUGUUCCUGGGAAUAGAUGGCUUCGGAGGCUGGCUGCGCACACAGUGCAUGUUCUCAGCAUCCACAGCACUGGCGCCACCCAAGCCGCCCAUCUUCUUCCUGGCGAAUGAUCUUCGAGACUUUGUGGUCGCCAACGUCCAGAUGGCGUCCCUGCACAAUCCUGGCACUCCCAUUUACGUCAUCACCAGCUGUGACCAGUUCGAGCUGGGACGGGGGGCCCAGCUGGAACGUCUACUUUCGCUGCCCCUUGUCAGGCUGAAACUGAUAGAGAACCACCUAGCCAAUGGCACCGACGCCGAGGCUUUCGAGCGCAUGUACUGGCCCCACAGUUUGACCAGCUUCAAGUUCGGGCUGUUCAACUUCCAGCGCUUCUUUGUGGUGCGGGACAUCGCGCGCGAGGAAGGCCUGCCCCGCUUCUGGCAGGUCGACUUCGACAUCGCCCUCUUCGCUGACGUCAGCGAGCUCGCACGUGAGGCUCCGACGGCGGAUCUCGUGGCGCUCAAUUCGUUCUCGACGCACUUCGCCCUGUGGACGCUGGACACGCUGCAGCGGUUCUGCGACUACAUGCUCGAUUUCUACACGCGACCUAGGGAGCAGGCUGAAGCGGACAUCUGGAGGUUUGGGGAGCGGAUGAAUCAAACCUGGGCGCAAUGGAGUGACAUGUUCAUGUUGCAUUCCUUCAUCGAAACCCAGCAGCAGGACUUGCGUAUUAAGUUUUUGGUGCAAGGGUUCUACGACCGUCCCGUCAUGCAGUAUCCAGUGGUUGGUCACUACCUAAAGGGUCAUCUUCGAUAUCUUGGGGUAGAAAAUCUGGGACUCCUUCUAGGCUGGGACUGUAAAGAGAGCGAGUUCGACAAGCGAAUUGAGUUAAAGCGAAUUGAUGAUAGGUUCGUACCGGUCUUUAAUGAGACUGCGUUGCUGGGGCUGCAUUUCCAAGGCUACUACUGUAAACAAUGGGCUUCGAAGCUUUUAGGGCGUCUAACAGAGGCUGCGCUAGGAAGCACGAGACUAUUACCGCUGGGAGCCAUGUGACACUGACAGUCGAGCCUGUACAAACGACCGGGCCUGUACAGUAUCCAUCGAGAUAACAUCGAGUCCUACC